AUGGGCAGUGGUCCUGGUGUGGUGCUUCUUGCUGUGCUUAUGGCCUCAACGCACGAUGUGGUCACGGCAGAGCUUUACAACCCGGGCGGGGCUGGCGCGGCAGCUUCUGUGAACGCCUGGCGCAAGUCGGAGGGCUUGUUCAACCCUGGAGACCAAUCGCACGCCCAGAAGGAGUUUGCAAGGGCCAAGGAGCAGUGGGGCCGCGUGGACAACAACAAGUUCGGCAGGACCAAGGAUGAGAAUUGA